UGCAGGUGCUGUAAGACAAGCAGCCCUAUAAUUAUAUGCAGCAAAAAUCUGAUAUCUUUUUUUCAACAGGCUGUAACUCAAAACGAGUAUAUCUGCACGCCGCCCCCAUUAGAUAAUUCAAUUUUUUAUAAACUAAAGUUUGAUUGUUAAAAAGUUUUUAACAUAAAUGACAGUCCCCGGAAAAUUGUUGCAGAUAAGUUGGAAAUUUCCAGGUAUGCCUGGCAAAAAAAAUACCAUCGUUUAUCAAUGCUGCCCAGAACCAUAUGUUGAUAUCACGUUUACAAUACAAAUACGUCGAAGGACUUUAUAUUAUUUUUUCAAUUUAAUAGUACCAUGUGUUCUAAUAUCAUCGAUGGCUUUAUUAGGAUUUACCUUACCACCAGAUUCCGGUGAAAAACUAACUCUAGGCGUUACUAUACUUCUAUCAUUAACCGUUUUCCUAAAUCUAGUUGCUGAAUCUAUGCCGACAACGUCGGAUGCUGUUCCUCUUAUAGGUACAUAUUUUAAUUGCAUUAUGUUUAUGGUAGCAUCAUCAGUUGUAUUAACGGUAGUGGUGCUAAAUUACCAUCAUAGGACAGCCGACAUUCACGAAAUGCCUCCAUGGAUUAAAUCAGUUUUUUUACAAUGGCUGCCAUGGAUGCUACGAAUGAAUCGACCUGGGAGAAAAAUAACUAGAAAAACAAUUUUGCUAAGUAAUCGCAUGAAGGAACUAGAAUUGAAAGAAAGAUCAUCUAAGUCGUUACUAGCAAAUGUAUUAGAUAUUGAUGAUGAUUUUCGUCAUACGAUAUCAGGAUCGCAAACAGCGAUUGGAUCGUCGGCGAGUUUCGGUAGACCAACAACUGUUGAAGAGCAUCAUGCAACUAUAGGUUGUAAUCAUAAAGACUUACAUUUAAUAUUAAAAGAAUUGCAAUUUAUCACAGCGCGGAUGAGAAAAGCAGAUGAAGAAGCUGAAUUAAUUAGUGAUUGGAAAUUUGCUGCCAUGGUUGUGGAUAGAUUUUGUUUAAUAGUUUUUACACUAUUUACAAUAAUUGCUACAGUUACCGUUCUGUUAUCAGCUCCACAUAUUAUAGUACAAUAAAAAUAAGUGCAAAUAAAAUAACCCAUUCUUAAUUUAGAAAGAAACAAGAAUAAUAAAAUAAUAAAGAAGAUACUGCAGAAAAUAUAACAUUAUAAAAAUAACUAACAACUUCUUAUAAUUUAUCGAAAACUUAAAAAGAGAUAAUAAAAUAUCAUUUGAUGUUAUACACAUAAAUGCACAUCUACGCAUUAACGUAUGUAUAUGGAUUCUCAAACGAAAAAUAUACAACAUUAACAGAAUGGAAGACAACUUUUUUUACAUUUAGAUACUAAUUUACAGACUAAAAUGUAAAACUUAUUUUUUAAAAAACCCAGAUGCAAAAUAUAAAAUUUACCAUUUAAAACCGACAAAAAAAUAACUACUUUAGAGUAAACAGAAUAAAAUAAGAAAAAAAAUCAAACGCAAAAUAAAUUCGUAUGUCAUAAAGCCAUAAGACAAUAAGUGCUUUACAAAAUUAGAAAAAAAUAAAGUCAUGAAAAUAACAAAUGAAAUGAAAUGAAGUAAAAAAAAAUAUCUCUGGAAAAUUAAAGGUAAUUUAAAAUAUUUUUCCUUAAAGGAUCAAAUAUAAAUAAAAAUGAAAAUUAAAUAUGCCUUAUGUAUCGUAUGUUGUGUAACUUUUCUAAGGCGAAUAUUACAAAAUUUUAGGGAUCAUAUUUGAAAUUAAAGUAGUACAUAAAUAAAGAAAAUUAAAUGCGUAGAAAAUAAGUGUUACAACAAGAAAAAAUUUAUAUAUUUCCAAUAGUAAUAUCAAAAUAAAAUUAAAUUACCUUUAUUCGAAUAUAAUAUAUAAAACUUGUGACUUUAAAAAGGCGAAUCAAGACAAAAAAAAGAAACGGAACAGGUUUAAUCGCCCACAUGGCUCAUAUCAAUUUUAAAUGAUCAAAACCAAAUUUACUUAAAUUUAACGUAAUUUCUUUUUUCUAACAUUCAACUAGUUUAUACUUUUAGAACAAUCAAUAAAAUAUUGUUAUAUGGUUUUAUUACAUAUGGCUUUAACUGGCGCAUCCCUUUAUCUACAUAUAUAUUUAAUAGGUACAUUAUAUUUAAUAAAAUAUAUUAUUUAUAAAUAGAUAAAAAACAUACUUUAUUAUAAGAGUAGAUAAAUUAUUCAACAAUAAAUAAAUUUAAGAAUAUUUAGUAAAAAAAAAUAAAGAUCGUGUUGCUACAUUAAAUUAAAGUUAUCUUGAAAGUUGUAAUUAUAUAAUUAAAUAUAUUUUACAAAAAAAACUCUUCAUUAAAAAAACGAAAGAAGCAAAAUUUAAUAAAACUGGUAAUUUAAAACUGCCAAAAUUUAAAAACACACAAAAACAAAUAUAACCUUA